UAAUUUUUAGUAAUUUUUUAUUUGGCUAAAAGGGUUAUAUUUUGUACAAUGUCAUUGUUUAAUCGUUAUAACCAUUUAUUCAUCUGUGUUUGUUCCUUUUAUGUCACUUGUUUAUCUUUUUUUGUCAAUUGUGCUAAUUUGUCAGCAAUGAUUAGGAAACAAGCAAACCUGGAAAAUUAACCAGGAUUAUAAAUAUCUUACUUAACCAGAUUUUAUUGUUUUCAAUGGUAAAGGUUUGGAAACAAUAUUGGAUAUCAUUUUAUUGUUCAAAUUAUCUUUAAUCGUGAUUCAUCUUUUACAUGUGAAGUUGCUUGUGAAACAAAAGAGAUGUGAACAAAAUCAAGGCAAUAACGGCUAAGAUGACAAGUCUCAUCAUGAUAUGGAUUAUCAUAAUGAAUUUCAUGGAACAUGCAUUUCAUCUUUUUCAACUCCAUUAUUGGAAAAUGGUUACCAAUAUUAGUUUUACUGAUAAGCUUAUCACACUUCUACAUCAAUAUCAAUCUCAUCCUGGCAAACAGAUGUGACACGAAACAAAAUGACAACUGAUGACUGUGGUGGUUACUUGAUGUACUCAGCUUUUCUCGCCUUUCCUUAUGAAAUAAGAAAUUUACACGAUAAAGUGUUAAUUAUGACAGAUUUAUGAUACCAAUUAUGUUAAUCUUUGAACAUCGAUGAUAAAGUCAAUUCAAAUGUUCUCGCAGAUUGGAUGAAUUGAAUCUCAGUGAGUUGCUGAACAAAAUGAGGUUUUACUUUAUUUUUAUACUGAACAUUUUUUCAGUUUCAGGAUUCAAAAUUUCUUUGAAUUUGGACCCGGAUCCAAACGAUAAACUGAGCCAAGAGAAUGGACUUGAUUUAAAGGAAAAGGUUGUGAAACGAUCAUAUCAUUUAGGGUUAUCUCAAAGCGAAAAGUUGAUUGACGAAGAAGGUCCCAAGAAAUGUGAUUUUCCAACUAAAUCAGGUUCAAAUAAGGUUCAAGAUUUUCCCGAAAGUUUCGAUGUUCGUAAUGUUUGGCCAUCUUGUAUAUCAACUAUCACUAAAUCUGAUGGAGCAAGUCAUCCUUCUGCGCUUUUAAUCUCAGUAUUUCAAAUGUCUGAUCUUAUUUGCACUAUCAAUGGAGACAGAAUUGAUGGCCAGCUGACUUUUGACCAAAUGGAAAAGUCUUUUGAAGAUUUCAAGCUAAGUUCCGUCAUCACCAGCGGUUGCAGUGCCUACCAAUUUUGGAGUGAAAAUGGCAUCUACAGCGUCGAUUAUCAAAAAACGGAAAUCUGUUUACCCUUUUCGCCUCAAUGUAAACCUUCCUUCAUUACCAUGGAUAAAUAUUUUAAAGUAGAUGUUACUAUUCCGUUGAAUAUACCAGACAAGAUGAAAGACAUGAUGUCCAAUGGACCAGCAAUUGCACUCAUAGAAGUUUAUAAAGAUUUUCUAGAGUAUAAAUCAGGAAUUUAUGAAAAACGAUCUGACGAAAAAUUAGGCGUUUAUCCUUUCAAAAUUAUUGGUUGGGGGACUGAAGACUGCGUCGACUACUGGUUAGGAAUGAAUUCUUGGGGAGAAAAUUGGGGCGAUAAAGGUACCUUCAAAAUCCGCCGAUCUGAAGAAAAUGGAAUUCUGAGAAAUUGGCUUUCUGUUUCUCUCAGGGAACAACCAGUUAGCAACUAUGAAUUAAAUAAUGAACAAAGCUUCUUCCUUGCUCAUAAAGAAGACGGCUCUAGAUACGAAAAUAUCAAUGGCUGUUUGGUUGUUGACUGAUAUUGGUGACAUAACUAAUUGCUUGACUGCAAGGUCUUAAAUUGGGUUAAGAAAAAAGUGAAAAGAGUUAUAUGGAAAUUUUGUUCAGCAUUUCCGUGUAUUUAUUUGAAGUCUUUCCGUCCAUAUUUAAUUCAGACAAUUGGAAAUAAAUUGAAAAUAAACGUUAUCGCAAUUGAAA